AUGAAUUUACGAGAACAAUUUGAAGUCUUUAAGAAGGCGUACGAAAAGAAAUACAGCUCACUACAAGAAGAACAGAAACGUUUUGAGAUCUUCAAGGAAAACUUAACUGUAAUCGAGAACCUCAUGGCUGAACGAAAAGGAAACGUCGUUUUCGGAGUCGGCCCUUACACGGAUUUUACAAGCGACGAGUACCUGGCAUUAAUGGGCAUCUCCGAGACAGAAGAUACCUCUUCGGAAACUUCCAACUUGGAGCGACGGAUGCUGGAGAGCCGAGGGUCGAGUAAUAACUGGAAUUGGUGGCGUUCCCGUUCGGUGCCACCCCGCGGGCCUGAGCCCUCUUUGCCGCCCCCACCCCCGUCCCGCACGACCUCUGUCCCGUCGUUCUGCAAGUACGCGUCCGAUUUUUUCGUCGGGAAAUAUCCCGAGGGAGGACCAAUGCUGGAUUGGCGAGUACCUGUGCAAUAUUACCCGGAGACUGAACCUCAGAACCUACCGGGAAGAGAAUGCAAGGCAUGUUGGGCAUUUGCAGCUGCAGAUGCUAUUGCUAUUGAGUUGGCGAGGUCGCGAUGCAAAAUUGUCCCGCUCUCAAAACAAGCAUUGCUUGACUGCGUUCCUAACUCUGGUUGUAGUGGUGGGGACUUGGAAUAUGCUCUGUAUUACAUUAGACAUCAUGGACUGCCAACCUCCGAAGCGUAUCCUUACGAAGCAACGGAUGGAGAGUGUAAGUCUCACAUUCGAGCGUGGGCCAGAAUCGCGGGUUACGAUUUAGUCAACGAGGAGUCUCUGACAACAUAUUUGAAGCACACUCCAAUCCCAACGAACAUGCACGCUCCAAAGGAAUUCCAACACUAUGUUUCUGGAGUUUUUGAUGUACCUCAUUGCAGCAAUGAGCCGGCAAAACUUGACCAUAGUGUUGUUAUCGUUGGCCAUUACAAAGAUGCAUGGAUCGUCCGGAAUAGCUCGACCAAAAAAUGGGGCAUUCAGGUAUGCAAUCUUUUGACUGAAAUGAUGUUAAAAUUAUAUAUAUUUGAUCAUUGUAAUAGUCUACCAGAGAAGGAACCUUUACCCACUGAUUGA